UCUUCAAAUAUAAAAAAAAGUCGUUUGAUCUGAUACUCAAAUUUGGAUAAGCACAAGUUUUCACGAAUAAGACAAGACGCUGGUAAAUUUUGUAAAAAGAAUUCAAGAAAAACAGCCGGUGCUCUACUAUUUUAUGAAGCCAAAUUAAUAUCUUGCCCUUCUACUUUAUUAAAGGGCAAAAUUAUUCUACAAUAAAGAAUACAAAUUCAACUUCUAGUCACAAAGCUAUGAAAUUCACGUGCUUUCAUUUUUUUGAAAUUUAAUAUGGAAGCUUCAAGUAAAGACUCCUAUUGUAGUGUUCUUCUUGACAAGAUUCCAGUUACAGUGCUACAACUGUAGUUCUCAAUGUGUGAUUUGCCUUUUCUUCUGGGAAAAGAAUAAAAAUAAGUAUCAAGCAAUUACUUUACAGAAGGACGGUUCUUGAGAUUAUUUCUUAACCCACUCACUGAAUAGCUGCUUCAAUUGGUUCAUUGCAGAAUCGUAAAAAAGUUGAAUAAAUACUUGACACUGUAGUUUGCAUCUUCAAGAGCUCUACAAAGAGCUUUUGUUGAUACUGCGUUUUAGUUUUCAUAUCCAUUGUCUUUAAUUGAUUUUUUUUAAUGUACAUGAGGGAAAUUCGUGUCAGUUGUGUUAUUCAAAGACUUCCAAGUGAAUCAAACAGACGGAUAGAAAUUAAGUGAUAUUGAACAAAAAACAUUAAGUGGAUUAAUAAAUUUCACAAUUUACAAAUUGUUCUUCAUAUAGGAACUCUUCCAAAGAUUUCAAGAACGAGGACUUCUCAACGGAAGCUCGCAAGAAUCUAAUUAGUUUUUGAACCCUACCGCCUGCCAAUAUUUUACUUCAGAAUGAACAUUCCGCCAAAGGAGCCAUUAUGUACCGUAGAAGAACUUCGAAAUAUUUGCCUAUUUCCAUCAGGAGAACAAGAAUUUCCGACAGAUGAUUGCGACGAAGUGUUUCCAGGCAUUUUCUUAGGGAAUGCGGCUUCAGCAAAAAACCUCAACCAGCUACUCAAGAACAACAUAGGGUAUGUCUUGAACGCCGCUCAUGGCUCAGAUGAAUAUUUGAACAUGAUAGAACCUCUGAGUGAAAAAGAUUAUUCAGCAGCAGGAAUCAGAUUUCUAGGUAUACCAGCCAUCGACAGCAUGGGUUACCCUUUGCACCAGCAUUUUAAUGAAACAAUAGCAUUUAUGCGAGAAGCUUUGCAGUCUGGUAAAGGCGUUUUGGUUCAUUGCAAGCAAGGAAUAAGCCGUUCAGCUGCGGUGGUAAUAGCAUUUCUCAUGAUAGAAUUGGGCAUGCCGUUACAAGAAGCAACUAGAGUGGUUCGGCAGAGAAGAGAAAUUUUACCCAAUGAAGGAUUUUUACUGCAAUUGUGCAACUUGUAUGAACAAAUGCAUGCAAAAGUAUUGUGAAUCAGUUAAGUUCGAUGAUUGUAUUACUAGAAAUAUUAAGAUGUCUUCUUCUGAAGAUUUUGAGUAACUGAUUUAAAACAGAAAUUAAAGUGGGAGCAUCUGGUAUUAUAUGAAAUUGGUUGUUUUUUUUUCUGAAGAAGUGACAAAAAGUUUCU